AUGGAUGGCCAGGGUGGGAAGCCUGUUCUGAAGCCCGGCUAUUGUUCAGGCAGCAUUGGCAAACUUUGCCGCUUAAGGAGAAUGAUGGAAGGACAGCCCAUUUACCUGGCAGUGAAGGGAGUGGUAUUUGAUGUCACUUCUGGAAAAGAAUUUUAUGGAAAAGGAGCCCCAUACAAUGCUUUGGUUGGAAAAGACUCAACCAGAGGAGUUGCAAAGAUGUCUCUGGAUCCAGCAGAUCUUACACAUGACACAACAGGACUCACAGAAGAGGAACUGAAGUCCCUGGAUGAUAUCUUCAAUAAUGUUUAUAAGGCCAAAUAUCCAAUUGUUGGCUAUACUUCUCGACGAAUUCUGAAUGAGGAUGGCAGCCCCAAUCUAGACUUUAAACCUGAAGAUCAGCCACAUUUCAACAUUAAGGAUGAAUUUUGAGGAACAUUUUUGUCGCUAGAGAAUGCCUGGGGAGAGGCAUGAUAGAAUAUUAGAUUGAUUCCCUAUUUUCUGGAGUUCAUUAGGACGAUUAGCUAUCAUGAGUCAAUUUUCUGUUUAGAAAAUAUAUGAUGUGUGUGUACACACAUAGUUUGUGCAGUGAAACAAACAGAUCUGUAUUAGUGUCAUACACUUGGGCUGUUUGCUCUGAAUUACUUCACAUGGAAGUUCUUCCUGCAUGGAUUUCUCUGUUCACAAGUGUGUAACGUAAAAUUACAUUCCUUAGAAGAGACAAGGAAGCUUUUAGUAGUGGAAACACGACUGGUAAAUCCCAAGUUGUUUCCCACUCCUUGGAAAAGUGUGAAUGCAUUAUCUGGAUGAGCUAACAUCAAUUCUCUGUGCCUCAAGUGGGUGUAGGUAUCAUGUGUACAAAGGGGUGUAAUAGAGGCUUGUACUUUAAAAGCAUUAUGGGAUUUCAUAGUUGAUAGGUUUGAGAAUACUGGAUACAAACCCACUCAAUCUCUUAAAAUGCAGUUACAGUGGAACAUUUACGCAAAGCCUACCACUGUAAACUAAGAAAAAUAAAUCUUUUUUCCCCAUGAGAACUACCAUGGCACUUUAAGUAAGACUAUUAUUAUGUUAGUUUUGAAUAAAUGACACUUUAAUCUUUUUAAAUAAUUAUCAGAGAUGCCAUCUAUAUUAGAUUAUGAUGAUUUCCUUCUAGCUUCCUCCACUCUUUUCUCUGACAAAAAAAGGAAAUGGUAUCCCACUGUUUACCACAUACUCUUACAGCGUGAGUUUAUUAUAGUAGUUUAGUAUCCUGUGGAUAUUGUUAGCAUUUUUAUAUCGGCAAUUUCAGUUCUCAUUUUUAAUUUCUGUUAGUUUUUGUUUGUUCUUACUCUGGCUUCAUCAUUGCUGUUGCAACGAAGCGUGCAUUCAUACGUUCCUCUUCCUUUUAACCUAAUACAAAACUGCAGAUCCUUUAGGGUGAAAGCAGACCCCCCCUUUAUGGGGUUUCUCUGGCAGUCUUUCGGCAACAAAAGGACCGUAAAAGCACGUGCUAUAUAAAUUGCUGCUAACCACUGACUUUCACUAACUUAAGUAGAAUGUAAAUUGUCACGUAUGUGGA